UAUUUGUAUUUUCGUUGUUGUGCCGAUAAGAGUUCUGCUAGUGCGGAUAAAUCAAACGCUUAAAGAGUGCCGUGAUUUUAGACAGCAUUGAAGUACGAUUUGACGGUUUUGGGAACAUAAUGGCUUCAGGUGGCUUGGCAUGUGUCAAAUACUUGACAUUCUUUUGCAAUCUUCUUUUUGCGCUGACCGGACUACUCAUCUUCUUGGUGGGUGGAAUGGUCCAAUUGAAUUAUGCGCAUUAUUCAAACUUCGUUAGUGACCACAUUUGGACGGCUCCCAUCAUUCUUAUGAUUGUGGGAGCUGCUGUGGCCGUUAUCUGUUUCCUGGGAUGCUGCGGAGCUCUGAAGGAAAGCAGCUGCAUGAUUCUGAGCUUUGCCAUCUUGGCCGUGGUCAUUUUCCUGUUCGAGAUUGGCCUGGGCGUUGCCGGUUAUGUGAAGCACACUGGCCUCAAACAAUUGAUGGAGGGACAGUUCAACACGACCAUGAGCCACUACAAACAACGGGAUGACUACCGAGAUGCUUGGACUUUGCUGCAAACUGAGCUGGACUGCUGUGGCACCAAUGGACCCGAAGACUGGGAGGCUAUUUUCCCAAACAAGACCCUUCCGGCGGCCUGUUGCUCGGUGAUCAAUCUAAGCGAAUCCAAGGAAUGCACCGUUAAAGAUGCCGCCCCCCACGGUUGCCUCCAGAAACUAUUGAACAUAUUGGAUUCAAAAACACUGAUCUUAGCCUCAGUUGUCUUGGCUGUGGCGGGUAUUCAGUUAUUAACCAUACUAUUCGCCUGCUGCCUUUAUCGGUCGUUUCGGAGGAGCUACGAUCACGUUUAAAAUGCGCAGCGAAGAUCCUGUUUGUCGUCUUUGAAAUGGGAGCACCGAUUUUCGUAUUAUAUAAGUUAUAUGUAUGCGAGAUUUUUUAGCGACUGUUUUAGAAUCGAACAUACCCACUUAAAUUCUCACCAGAAAAUGCCAAUUUAUUUUAUCACCUCAACUAUUAUCACAUCCCUAUUGAAUUUUUAUUAUUUAUUUAUAUGAUUAUAUAUAACUAUACAUGUAUGUUACAAAAAUUCACGUAGAUGGGGUGCACCACUGAAAAACCCAUUCAUUUUCAUCAUAUGAAAAAUCCCACCUUGUUUUCAUGAGUGUAUUUUGUUUUAGUGUAGACUAUUCUAAAGAAAACUGCAUAUUUACAUAUCCGUCUGUUAAAACAUCUGCAAAAUAUCAAUUUAAAAAAUAACUUUUUACAAAGAAUCUCGCUUAUUUGACUGAAGGACUUGGCCUCUUGAAGGGGAACCUAAAAAUUAUUGGAACAUAUUUUGGAAAUCUUAUACUCGAAAAGCUGUGAUCUGGCUUUGUUUUGUUUCUGCUAUUGAUUUUUUCCAUUUACUAAUUAUUUUAUGUUCAAAAUAGAAUCAAAAUUCUAGAAUUUUAUUUCUUGCUUUGUGUUGCAGAUUUAAAGUAAAAAAUAAAUGCUGAAUAGUGUCUACUGUAAAAGUUUCGAGGUGCAAAAACAAGAACCCAAUGCCCAGAAACUUCCUUAUAAAUUGUUUAUGCCUUAUAGUAUUAAUUAUCACCCGUAGGUGCACCAAUUAAAUGUAAAUUUAAACAUUUUUAAAACACACAAUAAAUCGGCUUCAAAUCGAAUUUAAAACAUUUAGAUUGAACUGCAUUAUACAAAGCAUUUUUAAAACACAACAUAUGAAUCUUGAGGCUUUUAUAAUGGACGAUCAUUGUAUUUGUAAUUGUCUACAACUAAAAGAAAAACUUGAAAAUAUUAUUAGUAACUUUAUGAAUUUUAAAUAUGUAUUUGUAUGUACGAGUAACCUUAAAUAAAAGCUUUGUGAAGCACCACAAAAA